AUGCCUGCGGGCAGCACUGUAAGCGCAAUUGGGGCCGGUACUGUGGGCGUGGUUGGGGCCGGUACUCUGACUGUGGUUGGGGCCGGUACUCUGACCAUGGUUGGGGCUGCCUUCGCUGGGCUGCCCCUCUACCGCCUCUACUGCCAGACCGCAGAAUCGGAUUCGGAGCAAGAUGCAGCACUUAAACUUGCUCAAGAACGGGCUGAAAUAGUUGCUAAAUAUGAUCGAGGUCGUGAAGGUGCAGAAAUUGAACCUUGGGAAGAUGCUGAUUACCUUGUUUACAAAGUUACUGACAGAUUUGGCUUUUUACAUGAGGAGGAGCUUCCUUACCACAAUGCAGCAGUAGAAAGGCAAAAGCACCUGGAAAUUGAAAGAAGUACAAAAUGGCUGAAAAUGCUGAAAAGCUGGGAAAAAUACAAGAAUACAGAAAAGUUUCAUAGGAGAAUUUACAAAGGAAUUCCACUUCAGCUAAGAGGUGAAGUCUGGUCUUUACUACUUGAGAUUCCUAAAAUGAAAGAAGAAACAAGAGACCUUUACAAUAAACUAAAGCAUCGAGCACGAGGAUGUUCACCUGAUAUCAGACAAAUUGAUCUUGAUGUCAACCGUACAUAUAGGGACCAUAUUAUGUUUAGAGACAGAUAUGGUGUGAAGCAACAAUCCUUAUUCCAUGUUUUAGCUGCAUAUUCUAUUUAUAACACGGAAGUUGGAUACUGUCAAGGAAUGAGCCAGAUCACUGCUUUGCUCCUUAUGUAUAUGAAUGAAGAAGAUGCAUUCUGGGCCUUAGUGAAGCUACUUUCGGGCCCAAAGUAUGCCAUGCAUGGAUUUUUUGUCCAAGGUUUUCCUAAGCUUCUCAGAUUUCAAGAACACCAUGAAAAAAUACUGAAGAAAUUUCUGUCUAAACUUAAGCAACACUUGGAUUCUCAAGAAAUUUACACAAGCUUUUAUACAAUGAAGUGGUUCUUUCAGUGUUUCCUUGAUCGAACUCCCUUUACUUUAAACCUCAGAAUAUGGGAUAUUUACAUUUUAGAAGGAGAACGAGUUCUUACUGCCAUGUCUUACACGAUCCUGAAGCUACACAGAAAACAUCUAAUGAAAUUGUCUAUGGAAGAACUUGUGGAAUUUCUUCAGGAAACACUAGCCAAGGACUUUUUCUUUGAUGAUGACUUUGUAAUAGAACAACUUCAGAAUUCUAUGUUAGAACUGAAACGGGCCAAGUUAGAUCUCCCAGAACCUGGCAAAGAGGAUGAAUAUCCAAAGAAACCUUUGGGGCAACUUCCACCUGAACCUCAGUUGGUUGUUAAUCAGCUAAGCAAUGGACAGAAAAAUGUUGGGUUAGCAAACUGCCAACCAUCCAAAAAACCAGAUAGUACGACUCCCAAAAGACAAGAAGUGUCACCCCAUCAUCAGAGUAUAGUCAAUGCAGGAGAAAAGAUUCCUUCUAUAAAGAAAGUUGACUCAAAAGAAAAAAAUAGUGGAAAGAUUAGGAGUGAAGUAGAGACUCGAAGAAAACAAUCAAAUAUACAAGACAAUUCUAAGCAAUAUAAUAACGCAACAGCUAACCAAAAUUCUAAUGCUACUUCAAAUAUUCGGAGGGAUUUUGUACCAAAGUGGAAUAAACCUUCAGAAAUGUCAACCAUUGAAAAAACAGCAAAAUACUCAACUGAAGGCUUAAGUAGAACAACAAAUCCAAGUCCCGGUGAGACACAGGCAUUCAAUGUAAGGCAGAAGGUUAAGAUUUUAGAUGAGGAUGAAAGUAAGCGUGGGUCCAAUGCCUCCCAGUAUGACAAUGUACCGGGAACUGAAAGUGAAAAUGGGACUUCUGUUGAGGAAGUAUUAGAAAGAGCUCACUCUCAAAGUCCAAAUAAAGUCAUUUAUCCAAGUAGUCCCAGAAAGUAUUCUGAGAGAUGUUCUAGUCCAUCAAAAAUAUCAAAUAAUUUUACCUUGAAUGCACAGCCAUCAAAUUCCCCAAGAUAUUCAUCCCAGGUGGAUGGCAUAGGUCAUAUGAAAAUGCCACCACCAUCCUAUAGCCAUCCCCCUGUUUACCAUGGAAGUUCUCCCAAACAUGCCUGUACUGUUAACACUAAUUCCAUACCUCUGCAUGCUAACCACGGGACUCAGAUCAGCCCUUCUAGAAGACUUUAUGGCUCCAAUCAUUCCGUAGACUUUUCUCCAGAGAAAUCUUAUAGCCGCCCUAACCCUCUUGUGCUACCAUCUAAUCGAAUAGAAGUCCUACCUGUUGAUGUCAGUGCUGCAGGAUCAUAUUCAGGCAAUUCAAGGUCUCCUAGGGGUGGUGACUUCAUAAUUCCUCCAGUGGAUUAUUUGCCAGAUAACAGAAAAUGGCCAGAAGUUACUUACACAUACAGGCCGGAGGCAUAUGGACAGUCAUGGAGCCGAGAUGCUAACAGAAGUCACUUCAGCAACUUACCAAAGCAUACCAUUUUUCAGCAUGUAGCUAUUCAGGAAUACAACCUUCCAGCUGUUUCAAUAGAUAGUCCAAUACGGUAUAGAACUUCACCAUCUUUGGAAGAUGUCGGUUCACCCCGGUAUCAAUAUUCAAGUGCACCACCUCCACCACACUACAGAAACCGUGAUGGACUCUCUAUACAUGAAUCAGUGUUGCUAUGAGAAUCUACUUAUGUUUACUUACCAGGAGAGAAUAGAAACCAUUUAAGAUCUACAUUGCUAUGUUUGUAAUUGCCAAAGCAGUAUUUUAUACAGUUAUGGACAACUUGUGCAAUUCUAUGUAUGUCGAUAAUAAGAAUAUAUCAAAACAUUUGGGACCCCAGAUAGAUGCUACUGAAGUUGAACAUUUUAAGUUGUGUUAUCAUUGAACUUUUAAAAUAAUAGCAUAUAUAAACAUAGCAAUAGUUGAAAACAUGUACGCACAAUAUUAAUUCAUUAGUACUUUACACUUUUCAUUUGCAUAAUCUUUUAUCUUUCAGAAUAGAGAAUUCCACAUGCCAGCUUUAUUUAAAAAAAAAAAAACAGCACUGAAAAAACAUGUAGAAUGGGUAUUUUUCUGACUAUAUAUAGUGUACGUAUCAUCUUUAAAUAGACAUUUGUAGACAUAUGCAUACACAUUCAGGUGUGUUCAGGAAAUUGAAAAGCAAUUAUCAAUAACUGAUAUUAAAUUGUAUGCUUACUUCUCUAACUUGUCUUUUAAGCAAAGGCUUCCUUGGAUUUUGCUUGCUUUAACCCAUUUCUCUUAGUCCUAAACUAAAACUAGAAUUCUCCCAGAAUACUAAUUUUUUCCCCUCUUUUGGGUUUUGUCAUCUAUCAUUCUGUCUGAAAAAUAGUUAAGCAAAGAAAUUGGAAGAAAAAGAAGUACAGCUUUCUAAACUGAUUCCUGAGUGGUGCUUAAAAGCAAGGUAGAUCACAGAGAUAUGUGCCACAUAGGCAGCAUAUGAUGAGGUCUCUUAUAACAACAAAAUAAAUUAAAAUAAAACCAUUGUUUUAUUCUAAUUUGAUCCUUCCAAGCCCAGAGUGAAAUGGUCCUGGCUAUAUACAAAAGAUAUGCUAAAACAUAACCAACCUAUGUAAAAAGUUACAGCAAUGGAGCCAUGGUUGUGCUAUUGUCAGGCCAUUAAAUAAUUAUUAUUAAACUGAAUGUAAACGUUAUCCCACAUGUCAAUAGGAAUCUAAAAUGACUAGUCUUUUUAAAAAAAUUAAUGUGAUUUUCAUGCUUUUUGAAAAUAUUUUGCUUUUUUCCACUUUGGGAAAAAAUUUCAAGUCAAAUUAUGUACUUUUAAAUUGGCCUUUAGAGGACAUUUCUUUAGACAAGCUACAUUACAGUAUACAUAUAUGGUCAAUUCUUGAGCAAUUCAAGAAAAUACACAUGUUGUUUAUAUGUAAUUGAACUAUUUGGUAUUAGAAUUACUUUUCAUAAUAUUUGAGGAAUAGAAAAUUUUACUGAAUCAAAGAAUAGGCAUUGCAGACUAUUCUUGCUGCAGGCUGAUUCUUUAAAGUUUUAAGGUACAGAAAUAUAAUGCCUUUGAAAAUGGAAGUAACAUUUAUUUAAUUAGCUAGUGAAUGUUUAUGUAUAUAAUGUAUCUGGUGUAAUUUUAAUGAACUUGAUAAUAUUUUAAAUGAUAGAACAUGGCAUAUUAAUAGCUAAACACUACACUGAAUCACAAAGAAAUUAUGAUUAUUAGUGUCACUGGGCUAUUGACUUAGAUUGGUAAUAGCUGCUUGGAAUAUAUGUAUAUAAUGUAGCCAAGGAUGUUAACCUUAAAAUUUAAACCUUGAUUCUGUGAUUUAUAAUAAAGUACACUGUAAAAUUUAUUCUAGUUAGCACCUAUGCUGCCUCCCCCAAAUAUAUAUAUGUGUGUGUGUGUGUGUUUGUGAGUGUGUAUGUAUAUUAUUAUUCUAUGUAUAUAAUAAUAUACAUACACAUACAUAUAUAUGUAUGUGUAUAUGUGUAUACAUACACACACACAUAUCAACAAUAAAUAAUGUAGAUUUUAUAUAUAUAUGUAUGAAAUAUAUACACACUAUUUUCUUAUGUCACCUAUAACAGUUUUUAACUGCGUACUUUUUUGUGUCAUUGUUUUUAACAUGCUAAAAGUAAUAAGUAUAUCUUAUUCUGUGUCUAUGAGCUUUUUUCCUAGGAUCAAAUGUCAUAUUUCGGUCUCUUUUAAGAGUUGAUCCCUUCUAAUUGAAUAGUGAUUUAUUAAUUUUACUUUGUUAUUUUCCAUUGUAUAUAUAAUGGUUUUUAAUUUAUAUUUCAUCAAAAAGAAAUCACAUAAUUAGAACUCUGACCCAUUUCACUUUUUUCCUCAUUAAUAACAAUAUGUGUUGUACUACUAGAUAGACAGCUUGCCUCAUAGUCACACGAUGACUUUGUGACGCUGGACAAAUUACUUAAUCUUUCAGUGUCCCAGACAACUUUUAACACUCUUAAGUCAUAGAGAAAUUAUUGAUUUGCAUUGGUGGAGGGAAUUACCUCAUUGGGAGUUUCCAACAUUAAUGAAAUCACAGGUCUGACUCCCAUUUCCGCACUCCACACCCUGAAAUAUGCUAUUGUUUACAUAAAAUUUUUAACUUAUCAUCAUAACCGUAGGAAAAUAUAGCACUAGUCUUCCAAAUUAUUUUCAUUUGAGGAAUAUAAUCAUUUAAGUUAAAUGAAUCCAAAAAGGAACCAUCAACAGGAAAUAUCACUUAGUAUGAGUUUCAACAGUGGGAUGAGCUGUUCUUGUUAAAUAGAAAGCUUAUAACUGUUAGAGAGUAAAGGGCAAUCUGAUGGUAGUUGUAACUGCCUGCAUGAAGUAAAACUUAGCAUUAUCAAAGCUUUUCAUGCUAAUGGUGUUUCCUACCCCAAGAGAUAAAUAUUUUGGCACAUAAAAAGGAUUUUCUGGGACCAAUCUGAAAAGCUAAACAAACUAGAUAAGAUUUGCUACUCAAGGAUUUAGAUAAAUCCUUCUGUUUCAGGUGCUGAUAUUAUCGAUAGAAAACAUUUUUAAGCAGCAAACUUCAUUUUCUUAAUAUUUCAUAAAAAAUAAAUGAAAACUGAUACAAAAAAAUCUGGCAUGUUUUUCGAACUGAAAUUAAAUCUCAUAUGAUUUUGGGAGGCACAUAGCCUUUCCUGGAGGUGAUAGAUUUUUAUUUUUGUUUUUGUUUUUAGCUGAAGCAUGACAAUGAAAUUGACUUGAAUAAUCCCUGAUUAUUCUUUUGAGGCCCAUUAUUAUGCAGUCAUUGGAAGAGGGACCCUGGUUACAAUGAUCAUCCAAAAUCAACUUUUCAGGGAUCUCUUUUCUCAUUUUCCUCAUGUGGGAAACAAAGUGAGAGUUAUAUAUUUGCCACGCUACACAAAUAUGGAUUUGUAUGCAAAGAGAAUCUAUAACAUAAUAUCUAAGAAAUAUUUUAAUCUCAGCUACAGUUCAGAUUCAUAACUCUGUUAGUAUGCAUUUGAUUGUGGCAUAAUUAGACUGGGGAUUUUCUAGGAAAUUGUCUGUCUAAUGGCUUUUAAAUGUCUGUAUCCAAUAUGGAAAUGAAUAACUUUUGACACAAUAAUUUUAACAAGUUGAACUCUGCUUCUAAGAUAACACAAGGUCAUUGAGCAUAGGGGGAAAGAAUUCUACUUAGCAUUCUAUAAAAUGAAUUAUGCUUUCAAAAGGAUUUUCAGCUAUCCAUUCAUCUUUAUAAAUAUCCUCUAUAUCUAACCGUCUCCAUUUUAUAGAUGAGAAAACUGAGAAACAAAGAAACUAAUUAAGACUAUAUGACAGUUCUAUGCUGAUGAAAGAAUUAGAAUUAAUUUUUGUAGUUCAACUUAUGCUCACAGUCAUUAGAAUGUUCCUAGAAAAAAAUUUCCCUGAAAUUGACUCAAUCCAUUCCCUCUAUGGUUGACAUCAGCAACUCUUAAAGGAUCAAAGCUUCAUAAUUCAGAAAUAUUUAUACUGGAAUAGUUUACCCUUUAUGGAACACAGAAAAGAAACAAAAUUAAGUUUGCCUUUGGAGGAGAUAUGUUACUUGCCACAUGCGAGAGGCAAUUUCAGAACAUGUUGCUUAUCUUUGCUUCCUCCUGUAAUUUUUCCCAGCCCUUGAGUUAGAAUUGUAGAUGUCUCCUGGAACAUUUCAAUCUUAAAAAUAAAAUAAAUCCCCACUGAAGACAAUAAUGAAGAAUGAUAAAAACCAUCAAAUCUGAAGAUUUGCCUUUUAUUUUUAUAUUAUAAGUAGACCUUAAUGUCAUUUGAUUCCUUUGAAUCAAAUUUCAUUGAUUCUUUCUUCGAAAUUAAUCUGAGGUUUUAGAUUAUUCCAGUUUUACAGACUUAGAAAAGUCACGAAGGUAGUGACUGCUCAAGGUUACAUAGUUACUUAGUGUCAGAGCCAAGCUAAAACUCCCUAAUUUCUAGUCCAGCAUUCUAACAUUUUCAGAUAGCAGCAGUAGGUAAUUUCUUAGAAUUUUUCUCAAUGUAUGUAAUAUAGAAGAACCUUCUGCCACCAUCAUAUUUUAAGAGGAAAGAUAGAGAAGUGGACAACAAUCAAAUCAAUUUUUUUAUAGUUAUCAGCCAAGGGUUUAGUCAUGAUUUCUCUGGACAAAUUCCUGUACAAAUGAGUCAAAUUUGAAGUCUUCAGAAUUUGUGAUCUUGUUUGGGUAUAAGUUAUAGCAUGAAAAAGUGGACUUUGUAACUAUCUCACAGGGUUAUCCAGGCAAAACAAACAAACAAAAAAAAAAGAACAGUAGACAACAAAACUACAAAGAGCCUCUUUGUUUGUCAUCAAACUAAUUAGUAUUUUAUACCUUCAGCAGAUGGAGCAUCUGGCCCCUUUGAAGAGGUUUGGCUGUGGGGAGAAGUUCAUAGACACCCUAGUUUUUCCAUCAUGACCCAGCCAGGUAUGGUUGAGUAAGAGAAUGAUGAAGAUGCAAGUAACUAGAGAGCAUCCAGUUGAGGCCUUUCAGCUCGUAGGUAGGAUUAGUGAUUAGUGAGUAACUGAGCUAGUGUUUGAAUCAAGUCUUCUGUCUUAGCCCAUAUCCUUUCCAUUAGAAUCAGCAAUGUUCUUGUUGCCAGUAUUUAAGUAUCAUUCUAUCAUUACAUCUUUUUCCAUUAGCCACUCGAAGAAAUAAAAAAAUUUGUUGUGGCUAAUAACCAAAGUACCCAAGAUGGUCAGAGACUUCUAAACUAUGGUUUCUCUGUGCUAAAAGACAAGUAGGUUCAAAUGUAACAAUUGAUUUGAAGAGUAUUCUAGAAUUAAGAAUGGAUUAUAGAAUAAAAUACAGGUUCAAGUUGGAAAGGGCCUUAGAUGUUGUCUAAUCCAACCCUCAUACUUUACCGACUGAAACAACAAAACAGAUCUUGAUGACCCCAGAGAGCUUGUGACUAUUCAGAAUCACAUAGUUCUAAGAGUAAGGACAGAACUAUCCCACAUCUCUUGACUUCCAGUUAAUACUCUUUCCAUUUUUCUCCAGAUAGUUUGGGCUUAAUUUUGCAUUUCUAAUAAUGUAACCAACAUUCUAAGAAGAAUGUUUAUAUGACUCUUCUGUCAAAGAUUCUGUCCUGGUAAUAAUGGUGUAAUAAAGAGUGUGAAUAUGGAGCUUGAUGACUUGAACUCAAAUUCUAGCUCUUCUACUUCAUUCCUAUAAAACUUUGGGAAAGCCAUUUAAUCCUCUGUACCUCAAUUUAGGGUGUAAAAGGGUGGGGUGGGGUAGAGUGGUUAACUAUAUGACCUCUAAGUCUCUUCCAUUUUUGUGAUCCUGUGAUCUAAAAAGCUAAAAAGCCCAGGUUUAAUUUGAGGACUACUUUCUCUGAUUUAUUUACUCUCUGCUAGGUAGAGCCCAGGGAUGGCAGUUUUGGCACUCCAACAGGUCUCCUUGAAAGCAUUGCACACCAGACGUAGAAUAGGUUUAUUUUCAUAAUAAAAGACAAAUGACUCACCUGAGCCCAGAGUUAAGACUAUCUCUUUCAGUUCCAUUAAGUUGACACUUCUCCCUAGGGAUCUUUGCAGUUCAAGUAACUUAUAGUGCUACCCUGAGUAGGACCCACUUCAAGGAAAAAGGGUUGGUAUCUGAGUCCAUAGAAAGUCAAGAAACCAUUUCUAAUGGGGAAGCUACCUUCUUCCCUGGACCUUAUUGGCAGUCAUUUUGACUUAAAAUAUUCUCCUGGUUGGAUACCCACAGCAAAGUGAAAGACUUUGGAACUCUUAGCCAGGUCUUUCAUUGGGCUCUAAUGGUUUCUCUUUCAUCAGCCUUUGCUGAGUGAUUGUGAGAUGGCACAGCAGAAAGACCACAGGGUUUAGCAUCAGAUGACUGGGAUUCAUAUCAUUUGUUACUACUUGUAGUGACAAAUUGGGCAAAUUAAGCUUUCUGGACCUUCAUUUCCUUCCGUUUAAAAUGCAGAAGGUAAACCAGAUGACCUCUGUGAUCCUCUAAGUCCUAUAAAUAACUUCAGCAUUCCAGCUCCCCUGCUGUUCUCUCACUGCUUUCCAACACUCCUCUGUUCCCAGAUGGUGCCAGCUUUUGAGGAGUUGGAAGGUAGGGAUGUUAAAAGGGAAAUUAUACCAGAAGAGUAUUAAGGAUCUGUCGCAAAUCUUUCAAACCUAUGAGCUUUAAAAAAUAUUGUAUUAUCUUACACUGUGGAUCCUACAAUCUUGUCUUCCAUGCAAAGAGACUUCUUUCCUUUUGAUUGUAACAAACUAAGGAGUCUACAUUUUCCAGUCUUGGUCAGCCCAUGAAUAGUGCAUUCAUCUCCCUUCCCGUCACCUAUAUAUAGCCAAUGCAUCUCCUCACCUUCUGUUCUCUCCUGGGAAACUAGGGAGAUUAUAUAAAUUAUCCAAGGUUUUUUUCUGCAGAAUUCCAAAAGGGGUGAGGAGAAAGUCUGAAGUUACUCCACGAAUGCAUAACAGCAGGAAACUUUUCAAGCAUGCUUAAGAAUUGUAGAAGAAGGGCAGCUAGGUGGCACAGUGGAUAGAGCACCAGCCCUGAAGUUAGGAGAAGCAGAGUUCAAAUCUGGCCUUAGACACUUAAAAUGUCCUAGCUGUGUGACCCUGGGCAAGAGACUUAACUCCAGAUUGCUUCACAGGGGGAAAAAACUGCAGAAGAAACCCUUUAUAUGAAAGUAAUUUAUAUGCGAAUUAUUAAUGUCUAUUACCUUUACUUUUUAGGUGGAUAAAGUACUGAGUCUGGAUCAGGAAGACCUGAGUUCAGAGCUAGCCUCAGACUCUUUGCUAGUCUGUGAACCCAGGAAAAUCACCUAACCUAUGCUUGCCUCAGUUUCCUUAUCUGUAAAAUGAGGAUAAUAAUAGUGCUUCUCAGGUUUGUUGUGAAAACAAUAAUUGUAAAAUUCUCAGCAGAGUGCAUGGUACACAGUGCUUUGUAAAUAUCAGAAAUUAAUUUUCCAUGAAACAACACUGUUGGUCUAACCAGAAUCUUACAUUAUUUGCUUUUACAAUAAAUAAAAACAAAGAUAACACCUUUCCCCUAUAUUAUUUGUCAUUGGCCUAGGAAAGCUAGUAAUAGCAAUAAAAUGAAAAACAAAAAUAUUCAUACAGACAAAAAAGGAGAUUUAAGAUUAUCCUUAUUUCCAAAUGACAUUAAUUUACUUUAAAAACCCAGAGAAUAUCCAUUUUCUUUACAAUUAUAGCAAAUCCAGGAUGAAGUAAUAGAAAUGAAAAUCCCAUUAUAAACAGUCUGUUGUUCAGUCAUUUCUGUCAUCUGACUCUUUCUGACCCCAAUUUAGGGUUUUCUUGGCAAAGAUAUUAGAGUGGUUUGUCAUUUCCUUUACCUCAUUUUACAGAUGAACAAAUUACAUAACUUGCUCAGGGACACAGAAUAAAUAUCUGAGGUCAAAUUUGAAUUCAGUUCUUCUGACUUCAGAGCUGCUGGUAAUCUAUUCACUGUGUCACCUAGAUUGCCUCUCUCUCUAUAUAUGUGGCAUUAAAUAUUUGAGUCAAUCCUCCAGUACACAUUGAAGCUGUGUAAAUACCAUUGUGAAAUUUUAAGAAAAUAAAGAAUGAAUUUAAAAAUUGUAA